AUGAUGAUGAUACCAUCGUCUGCCUCUUCAUCGUCUUCUUCAGCUACGGUACGAGUGGAGAAGGCGACGAGCGAGUUUUUAAUCGGACCAGAUUGGACUAUGAACAUCGAUAUUUGUGAUACCAUCAAUACCAAUAACUGGCUAGCAAAAGAUGUUGUCAAAGCUGUGAAGAAAAGGUUGCAGCAUAAGAACCCUGAAGUUCAACUACUUGCCUUGACGCUUCUGGAGACAAUGGUGAAGAACUGUGGUGAUUAUGUGCAUUCUCAAAUUGCUGAGAGGAAUAUACUGCAAGAUAUGAUCAAAAUUGUUAAGAAAAAGACAGGUAUGCAUGUAAGGAACAAAAUCUUGGCAAUGCUAGACUCUUGGCAAGAAGCUUUCGGUGGCCCUGGAGGAAAACAUCCACAAUACUACUGGGCUUAUGAUGAACUGAGGCGUUCUGGAGUAGAAUUUCCCCAGCAUUCAUCAGAUGUAACUCCAAUAUUUACGCCACCUGUUACCCACUCCACUCUCAGACAUGCUCAAGCAGGUUAUGGAAUGCCAUGCAAUUCAUCAACAAGGCUUGAUGAAGCCAUGGCAGCUGACAUGGAAAAUUUAAGUUUAUCAAGCAUUAAUUCCAUGCGAAAUGUUCUGGAUCUCUUAGCUGACAUGCUGCAAGCUGUGACUCCAAGUGACCGUAUGGCUGUAAAAGAUGAAAUAAUCAUCGAUCUUGUUGACCAGUGUUGUGCCAACCAGAAGAAGCUGAUGCAGAUGUUAACUACAACUGCAGAUGAAGAACUUCUUGGUCAAGGUCUUGAAUUAAAUGAUAAGCUGCAAAGUGUGCUCGCAAAACAUGAUGCUAUAGCUUCUGGUUCCCCGCUGCCAAGGCAAGUAACAAAUUUAAACCCCCGGUCAACUGAAGUACAGGACUCCCCCAUUAAACCUACUGAAGUUACCAGCCCGCCACUGAAUGCUAAUCUCUCUGCACCAGUUCUUGCUUUGACGACUAGCCAGAUUGAGGAAGAGGAUGAGGAGGAAGAUGAUUUUGCACAGCUAGCUCGAAGGCAUUCCAAAACACGGUCCAGUACUUCUCAAAGCACAUUUACAGGAACCAGUGAAGGAGCUACCUCAGUGAACACUAGCAACAAUGCGACGUCUAUAUCAGCACCCUCAGCCCCAAUGCUGAGCAAUGCAUUAGCUCUGCCAGAUCCUCCUGCACCUGUUAGGACCACGAAAGAACAAGAUAUAAUUGACCUUUUGAGUAUCACCUUAUCGACAACUACUGCCUCUCCUCACACCCCACAAACUCCUGCAGACUUCACACAAAGCAUGUAUCGGCCACCUGUUUCUCCCACCACGCGAGGGUCUCCUAAUACCUCCCAGAUUAAUCCUCGAUUCCCAGGGCUUGUAGGUUCGAACGGGUAUGUUGUUCCCUGGGCCCAGCCUCGGAGUCAACCUCAACCCCAACCAGAAGCUCAAACACAAUUGCAAUCACAGCGUCAACCACAUCAUCCCCAAUAUUCAUCUGGCUACCCACCUCCACCAUGGGCAGCAACUCCAUGUUACUUCAGCAACCAGAAUGUCUUAUCCACAAAUCCUUAUGCAUAUCCUACUCCACAAGACACAACUACAUCACACAUGCCUUUGCAAGGGGCCAGGCCCUUGCAGCAAGUCAACUCGUUCCCUGCAAGAGGAAGCAAUGAGUCAGCUAUCAAUGGAGAUGGAUGGGUGAGCUCCAGCCCUAGGAUCAGUGCCCCUGCAGCAGGACCCAAACCCUUCAUUCCAUCGUACAGAUUAUUUGAAGAUCUUAACGUUCUUGGCAAUGGGGAUGGAAAGUUUAAAAUGGCAAGCAAUAUGUCUCCAAGCUUAUCGGGAACUAACAGCCAAAGUAUGGUGGGUGGAAGGAAGUGAAUUUUGCUUCAACAUUGCUUGUUUCUCCGCGUGUACUGAAAUUUCAUGC